AAUAUAAUAUAAAGAGAGAGAGAGAGAAUAAUAUUUUUAAAAACUAAAGGGAGAAAAAGUUCACCUCUUUAAUACAAAUAACCCCAAAUUAUCGCGGAGUUUACGCAAUGUUUAAUUUAUCGGAUACGACAAGUUGCGAUAUAUUAACUCUCUCCAGAACAAAUUUCAAAAACAUUUCUCCCUGUUAUUCGAUCCCUCGCUAUUUUCUUCUGUGCUGAGAAUCUGACAAGAAAAUUGUAUAGAUAAUCGGCCGAAGAUGCUUACGUGUGGCAGCCCUAUCUGUUUGGAGUUUGUGAUUUAGUGUAUUUCUUUAAUUGCUUCCAGGAAAAUGAAAACGGUUGAAAACCGACCAAAAGCCCUUUCUGCAAGUCCGUCUCUUAGUCAAGAGCCACCUAAGAAUCCUACAGGUAUCAAACUCUCUAAAGAUGCCUCCAAAAAUCCUCCAGUUAAAAGUAAUAGAGAAAAUGGAGUUAGGGUUUCUAUAAUUGGGAAGGAAGGUUUCGGCAGUAGUGAUUUGGUUGCAACUGAAGUUUCAGUUGAGAGGGAGUUUGGGGGCCGAUAUACUGUUGAUUUGGGUGGUAAUGAAGGGAGUCUUGAUGAUUCUGAGAUAAAUGGAGCGUCUUCUUUGUUAAAAAUGCAUGAAAGUAAAAGUUUACGGGGGCUAGGCUCUGUUUUAGAUGUUAUUGAUAAGACUGGGAAAAGGGGUUUUGAAAGUGUUGACGGCAUUUCUCUUGUUGCAGAUAUCUGUGGAGAUGUUCAUCCAAGUGGCAUUAAAGCAAACAGGAAAUUUGGCAGGAUUGUGCGAGGGCAAUCUUUGGAUGCAAAUGAAAGGUACCAAGAUGGGAAGAAUAGAGAAGUGAGUGAUAGCAAGGAUUGGGAAGGGGAAGAGAAUAUGGAAGAUGGACAUGAAUUUAGUGUUGGUGAUUUUGUUUGGGGCAAGAUUAAGAGUCAUCCUUGGUGGCCAGGACGGAUUUAUGAUCCAUUGGAUGCAUCUGAUUAUGCCAAAAAAGUUAAACCACGGGAUAAGAUUCUUGUGGCUUACUUUGGAGAUGGGACAUUUGCUUGGUGCAAUACAUCUCAGUUGAAGCCUUUAGGUGAUAAUUUUUUGGAGAUGUCAAAGCAGAGUGGCUCAAAAAACUUUUUCAAUGCAGUAGAGAAGGCCAUGGAUGAGGUUGGUAGACUUGUGGACUUGAAGAUGACUUGCUCAUGUGUGCCAAAAGAGAAUUUGAUUGGAUCUGGUAGAACAUUAGCUGUGAAUGCUGGAAUUAAGGAAGGACUUCUAGUGCCUGAAGGUGGAAUUGAUAAGUUUUCAACUGCUUUAUUUGAACCAGCAGAAUUUCUUGCUGCAUUAAAGGGUACCGCACAGGUUGCUACCGUUACUAACAUGCUAGAGUUCUCAGUAUUAAAGAGCUGGUUAUCAGCUUUUUAUCGUGCAAAAGGAGGCUACAAGUUGCCUUCUUAUCAUGAACCAAAGCCAAUUCCAGGCCUUGAUGAUGACACCAGAAAUUUGAUGGUUGACUCAAGUAAAUACAAUAGUGGAGUGGAAGGGAGAAUUCAGGGUCCAGUUGAAGAUUGGCUUUCCACGCCAAGACACCUCAAUCAUGGCCAAACCACUCAAAGUACAUUGCACAUGUGCCAAGGGGUUUCGGAGGAUGGACACUAUCAGAGAAGGAAGCAGAAAAGCCUUGCUGAAAUUAUGGAAGGGCAUGCUGAUGCUGAGGCUGAGAAUAAGGAUGAUAUUUUGGCAGGAGGGGGAUCAAAGUCGAGCAAAGCUUCAUCUUCAGCCAAGAGAACGAAGAGGAAGUUCAUGGGAGAAGACAUGAAUACUGAGGGUAAAAAGGAGGUAAUGGAUGUGAAUAAAGGAGUAAGAUUGGACAAACCUACAUCUUCAUCUGGAGGGAAGAAGAGGAAAGUAAGUGAUGACGAUGGUGUUAAGGGAAAAAAUGAGAUGGAAGAUGUGGCUAAAGAAAGAUCAAACUUGGGCAAACCUUCAUCUAGAGGAAAGAAGAGGAAAGGCAGUGGUGAAGCUGAUGUUAGUAGUAGUAGCAGCAUUGAUGUGUUUUUUGAACCUCCUGUAGCAGCAAAUAACAAAGUCGGCAGUCUUGAAUCUGAUGGUAGUGGGGUGAAGAAAGCAAGUAUGAAGAGCCCUUUGUCAAGAGGAAGGAAGAAGAAGGGAAGUUCCAAUAUUGAAGAUGAUGAUGGUGGGGGCAGAAAUGAAGAAACAAGGGAGAACACUGUGUCUGCAGAAAAGAAGCUGGAUGGUGGUCCAGAUGACAAUGGUAAGGCUAAAGAACAAAUUAAGAAGGGUUCUUUUUCUAGGGAAAGGAAAAGGAGCAAGUAUCUGUCCCCUCCGUACACAAAUCUUGAUAAAGCACAAAAGAAGAAAGAAACAGUGGAAGAGUCCCCCAAAGUUUCCAGUGAGGCUCGAUUAGGGGAACAAGUGACUAAAGCUGCUGGCCACCAUAUUGUGUCUCCUCCUAUUUUGAAGUUCAGUGGUGAAAUAUUUCAGAAGAAACCCUCUAAAGAAUUCGGAUCAGGGCUUGAGGCAUCUAACAAUUCAGGUCCUCAAACACCAAGACAAGAACAGAACAACGUUGAUCUGAUGAUAGUUAAGGUACCUGCUAGUGAAGUUCUAUCCAAAAUACGGUUUGCGGCUCUCAGUCCACAGCAUCUGAAGGACACCAACUCACUUGAUACGGUUGGGAAAUUUUUUUCGGCAUUCAGAAGUUCAAUCCAUUGCAAUGGGUCUGAUAAUGAUAUGUACAUUGAACAUCAUCCAGGAAAAAAGAGGAAGUCCCAAAAAUCUGAUACUGUGCCACUGGUAAAGGAGCAAAAUCAGUCUGACCACAGUUCAUCUGAACGUAAAUCCCAGAGGACAAACACCAAAAAGAGUGAAGAAGCAAAAUUGGAUGAACCUAAAGGAAAACAAGCUGUCAGUGCACAAGAAAUGAAGGCAAAGGAUAAGGAAUCUGAAGGCCAAGCUACAGGCGCUGCCCUUUUUGUGACAUUUGGUCCAGGAUCUUCUUUGCCUUCAAAGAACGAUCUCCUUAAAAUAUAUGGAAAAUUCGGGGCUUUGAACAAAGAUGAAACUGAGAUGUUCUACACUAAUUACUGUGCAAGGAUAGUCUUCUUAAAAAGUCCUGAUGCAGAAGAAGCAUUUAAUUAUUCUCAACUUUCCAGUCCUUUUGGAUCAGCCAGUGUGACUUUCCGGCUUCAUUAUCUGUCUGCUGAAACCAAGACCCGGCAACUCAAAGAGUUAUCAAGUUCAAAGCCUUCUUCCCUGGCCAAGGAGGGAACAACGACAGUGGACAUGCCAUCCGUGUUGCAAUCUUCUGGCAAUGAUGUAUCACAAUUGAACUUUAUAAAGCAGAAGCUUGAGAUGAUAACAUCAUUGCUGGAGACAUCAGAGGGAAAAAUAUCCCGAGAUCUGAAAUCCAAGUUAGAAUGCGAAAUGAAAGUGCUCUUGGAGAAGGUAAGCACAAUGGUCAGUUCAUCUUAGACUGCUGAUAAGGUUACAGCAAGCUUUUUUUGGGUGGGGUGAUGCACAUAGAAUGAUUGAUCAAUGUGCAGGUGUAGUAUAGUAUGUUGCUUUUGUCUGAUGUUUUGUUGCAUGUAGAAGUAUAUCUGUCUCAAUAUGAUGUUUAUGAUUUAGCGUAGGUGCUUGUGAUACAGAUGGUUGGCCUUGUUCUAGUUCACCUAACUGGCUGCAUGUGCUUACCCCCAUAGAUUUCAUCAAACAUUUAGGAGCCAAUCAGUAAUAUAUAGUUUUUUAUUGCAACAGUAGGACAUGCCAAUUUAAGAAUACAAUUUAGUGUUAUAUA